AUGGUGCUCUCUGAGCAACCCUGGUCGUCACGGCGCCUGAAGGAGCUUGUGGUCUUGAUUGGAAUUGGAAUGUCGCUGGACAAGGAUGCGACCAAUCUUGCAGAGAUGGCAGACACUACGAGUGUCAAGGCGGUGUUGGCCCCGAAGUCGACUCGGCGGUCGAUUAAUGUUAUUCUUAACCAGAUUGCGCAACUACAGGAUCUCAAGGUUCUUAAUCUGAGUGGCGACUUGGACUACCACCUGGCAGAGGACUGUCGCAAGGGGAUCCCGUUGGUGCUUAUUGUUGGUCUGGACAAGCUGAGAAGCCUGAGCAAGUUGAGGAGGGUGUAUGUCUCUGGAUGGGAGGAUGAGAUGAGCGCGAAGGAGGCAGAGUGGAUGAGUAUACACUGGCUACAGUUGGAAUACAUCCACAACCGAGAAGGUGGAGCCGGCUCUGUCUGGCGCGAGUUCUUGACUACGCUCAAUCAUCUCCUCCAGCACGCUUAUUUCGCAUCCAAGUAA